UAUUUCCCCAAAAUCUCACCCUCUCAACAUGCUUAUACGUUGAAAGCACACAUCUUUUGGCAAUGAAAAACCCACGACCUUCCAGUCCACCUGCGUCUCCCUGUAUAUAUGGAUCAAACUUGCCUUAAUUGGAUCGAGCAACCGGGAGCAGCCGGUGACUCCCUUACCCUGAAAGGCUUCCCAUUUCCCAGUGUACAAGAUGCUUCACAUGCCCCCGCGAGCCUCGCGGCUCCGAGUUCUCCGUCCCUUCCUGUGUCGUCCGGUACAAAUCGAGUUCGGGUUCUAUACUUGGUCUUCCAUUCUUCAAACCACCACUAGCUGUUCAAUCAGCUUUCAACUUCCCACUUACAGAUUGGCCUUGCUGCAUCUUAUCCUCGAUUUAAGCUUGGAGCUUGGUCUUCCCCAGUUCAAACCGCUUUCUCCUGAUAAAUCUAAGAUUUCUUUUACUUACCUUUCCAGAUCGGCCUUUCUGCGUCUUUUCCUCUAUCGUAGAUUGAAUCUUUAGUUGAUUGUUAGUUCAAAGUUAGAUCUUGAUCUAGCACAGUUUAAGCUUCUGCUAGGCAUUCGAACUUUGUCGUUCGAAGUUCGAUGACUAGGGCAGAAGUUCGGAGAAGAAUGCUGGUUUUUUUAUCAAAGUGUAAAAUUGGGGUUCUCGUCGUCGUUUUCCUUCUUGUUGGAUUCACUGCAGUGAAUGAGCUGCUGAAGCCGGUACCUAAUGGAUGCAUUAUGACCUAUAUGUACCCGACUUACAUACCAAUCUCGACGCCGGCCAAUGUAUCUUCAGACAAGUAUGGGCUUUUCCUUUAUCAUGAAGGGUGGAAGAAAAUCGACUUUGCUGAGCAUAUUAAGAAGCUCGAUGGAGUCCCGGUUCUGUUCAUUCCUGGAAAUGGUGGUAGCUACAAGCAGGUUCGUUCCUUGGCUGCGGAAUCUUCUAGGGCGUAUCAAGGUGGACCACUCGAGGCAACUUUUUAUCGAGAAGCACCCUUUGUAAAUGUUGAACUCUCAAAUUCUUUCAAGUACCCUACGAAAUAUGAACAAAUGUUGAACUGGUUCGCCGUGAAUCUUGAGGGGGAGCAUUCCGCGAUGGAUGGACAAAUACUCCAAGAGCAUACUGAAUAUGUUGUAUAUUCUAUUCAUAGGAUAUUGGAUUUGUAUAAAGAUUCUCAUGAAGCAAGAUUGAAAGGAGCUGAUGCCUCUGGAGGCUCGCCCAAUAGUGUAAUAUUGGUGGGCCAUUCUAUGGGCGGAUUCGUAGCUAGAGCUGCAGUAAUUCACCCACACUUGCGAAAGUCAGCAGUUGAGACUAUCUUAACCCUCGCUAGCCCUCAUCAGGCACCUCCUAUUGCAUUGCAGCCAUCUUUGGGUCAUUAUUUUUCGCAAGUUAAUCGCGAAUGGAAAAUGAGGUUCAUGGCCGGUCAUGCUUUUCAUGGCUCCAAACUCUCCCAUGUUCUUGUUAUAUCUGUUUCUGGUGGAAUUUAUGAUUACCAGGUUCGGUCAAAGUUGGCUUCUUUAGAUGGCAUUGUUCCUUCCACGAAUGGUUUUAUGAUAAGUAGUUCUAGCAUGAAGAACGUAUGGCGUUCAAUGGAGCACCAGACUAUUCUUUGGUGCAAUCAAUUAGUCGUCCAGAUAUCACAUACACUUCUUACUUUGAUAAAUCCUGAAAACAGACGACCGUAUACAAAUUUGGAGAAAAGGCUUCUUAUUUUUACCAGAAUGUUGCAAAGUGGUUUACCUCAGAGUUUGGGGCUGAUAAAACUAAGACAAUCAUCAUCAACUUCUCAAAACCAUCCCGUUGUUGGUGCACAGGAUGCUACAGGAUUGCAAAUUGAUGGAUUUUCUUCUUGCCCACCAUUUUUUCGCUGGAGAGGUGAUGUACUUGAGAAAGAUCUUUACAUUCACUCAACUUCUGUCACCGUGCUAGCCAUGGAUGGGAGAAGGCGGUGGUUGGACAUAAGAAAUCAGAGCUCAAAUGGCAAAGAACACUUCAUAUUUGUAACAAAUCUUGCUCCAUGUUCUGGAGUUAGGCUUCACCUUUGGCCUGAGAAGCAUGGAUCAUCAACAGGAGACAAAAUGCUGCUUGAAAAUGGAGUUCUGGAGGUGACUUCAAAAAUGGUCUACAUUCCAACUGGACCUGCUCCAAGGCAGAUUGAACCAGGAAGCCAGACUGAGCAAGCACCUCCAUCUUCAGUUCUAAUAUUAACACCCGAAGAAAUGCAAGGAUAUAGGUUCCUAACUAUAUCUGUUGCUCCACGGCCGACUGUUUCAGGUCGCCCUCCCCCAGCUGUAUCUAUGGCAGUUGGACAGUUCUUCAAUCCAAAGGACGGAGAGUGGGAAUUUUCUCCCAAUUUGCUCCUUCGCUCUACCUAUUCUAAAGAGGAAAUGCUUUUGAAGGAGGAUCAUGCUCUUGCAUUGAAUCUCUCGUUCUCUGUAAGCUUAGGUGUUUUGCCUGUAACUAUAUCAUUGCAAACAGAAGGCUGUGGAUUGAAAGACUCCGCUGAUCAUGUGGAUGAAAGCAGUCUUUGCAGGUUACGCUGUUUCCCACCCGUAGGUCUUGCGUGGGAUUCUGUUUCUGGCCUACAUGUUAUUCCUAACAUCAACUCUGAAACUGUGAUUGUUGAUUCUUCGCCGGGGAUGUGGGAUUCCAGUCAGGGUUCUGACAGAACUAACGUAUUUUUGUUGGUGGAUCCUCAUUGUUCUUAUAAAAUCAGUGUUGGUGUGUCUGUCACAACUGCUGCAAGCAGAUUCUGUCUUCUCUAUUCUUCACAGAUUAUUGGCUUCAUGGUAACUGGGGUUCUUUUUGCUUUAAUGCGACAAGCACAUGCCUGGGAACUGGAUUUGUCAUUUCCAUCCGUUUUGACAUCUGUUGAGUUAAAUUUGAGAAUGCCGCGCUCUUUCUCACUGCUGGUUGUGUUACCUAUACUCGCUUCUAUAGUAAUGUCAUUGUAUGACGACCACGAACUUCCAGUUUUGAGCUAUGUCAGCAUCUCGAUAGUCUGCUAUUUAAUUGCAAACGGAUCUCUGAUCAUUUUGAUCUUCGGUUCUCAGUUAAUUUUUUACAUGGUUGCUAUUCUUCAUGUUUUUGUCAAAAGACGCUGGCUAGCUUUGCAAGAAAAUUUCUGUGCUGCUUUUCUUCGGCAGAUUAUCAAAUUUUUAUCUAUGCUUUGGUCAUUAAAGGUUGUGCAGAUUCUGAGAUUAAAUCCAACUCUUGUUGUUGGAUUUCUUUCAAUUUCUUUGGUCUGCUUUGUUCAUCCGGCGCUUGGUUUGAUCGUGAUACUCUUUUAUCAUUCUCUCCAUUGUCAUUCAGCUCUUUGCAGUUUUUUGGCGGCUUCAUUUCGCAGUAAUUCUCGCAGGAGGGAGUUCGAUGAACCCAAAUCUUUGAGCUCAUCUUUUCUAUCUCAAACAAAAUCCAUUGAUGCUCAUGAUCCACUUCUUCCUAUCGAUGAUAGCAGCACAAACUUAGGCAAAGGCUUUGGGGAGAGUCAGUUAGAGAUCUUCAACUACAAGCAUGGCAUACUGAUAUUGCAUCUUCUUGCAACUCUUAUGUUCAUUCCAUCUCUGGCUGCUUGGCUCCAGAGAAUUGGGAUGGGAUCGAGCUUCCCAGGGUUCAUCGACUCUUUCGUAUGUAUUGGAAUCAUCCUCCAUGGCCUCUCUGGAUCAAGACCAGAUAACUACUUCCUCUCAAUCCCCAUACCUCUUGCCCGACGAAGAGAACUCAGUCUAACCCAAGUUUUCCUCAUCUCCGGAUACUAUUCCUUCCUAUGUGCUCUCGCUUCUUCGCCUUACAAAGCACUCUACGCCAUGGCUGCCGUCGGCAUCAUCUCCGUCGCUUUCAGAAUUAUUGAUCGAUAUCGCCAUGCAGGAAACAGCCAUCACAGAAAUAACAGAAAGCAUUCUCACAGACAUUAGUAUAGAUUUUGGAGGAUUUCAAACAGUUUGUGCUAUAAAAGUUUUUAUUUUUAUUAUUUUUUUUCUAUUUUGAGAUUCCAUGUGAGAGCAUUUAUGGAGUUUUAAUUAUUGGAAUUUUGGCUGGAUCAGAUUCUUUGUGUAGUGAUAGGAGUUUCAGAAUGUGUUUAUUAGCAUAAGUUUCAGAACUGUUCUUGUCAAAGCUGUGAAUUUUGCA